AUGGCAAAGUCUUCAGACGAACCUGCAGUCAAAAGAAAAAAAGUUGAUAACAAAAUGGAAAACCAAGCAGAUCUUGAGAAAGUAGCUGAGAUUCAAAAAAAGUGGGAGCUACCGUUGUGGAAGUUUCGUCGUGGACGUCUGUGUGUGACUGAUAUUACAUCACAGUCUUGGUGUGAGCAGCAACUCUUGUACACCUACACAUUGCCCACGAUACCAGUUGAAAAUAAAGCCAUGGUAAAGGGGAGUAGCUUGCAUCUUGCGCGAGAACUUGAAGUGCAUGAUAUCGUUCCUGUCAAAGUCACCAGUAGAGAAGAUUCCUGGGCUAUCAAGUUACUCAAUAUCAUGGAUGCGAUAAACGGUCUCUCGUUUGACAGACUGUGCAUCAGAGAGAUGCCGAUAUUCGGGGAUCCGUUUGAAAUGGGUGUGUUUAUGGUUGGCAUUAUCGACGAACUGAAAUACAAUGAGUCGGGAGAACUUCAACUUCUUGAGUUCAAAUCUAGAUCUAGUUCCAAAACAUUGCCAGGAAAGGCUCAGAAAUUAAACCAUGCUUUACAAGUUAUGCUGUACAAACAGAUGUUCGAUGAACUAGUGUCCGGGAAGUUGAGUCGGGAGAUGAUCCUGGGUCAUGUUAACUUGGAUGAGGGUAAAGUUCUCGGAAGUGCAGUUCUAGAUCAUAUGCAGAAAACUGGUAUCCAUUUUGACAAGUUCGGGGAACUGCUUGACGCAGCACUGCUGCAGUUUCAGUUUUCUAGCCUCCCCCAUGUGGACUCACUGGAGAUUGAGUAUUGUUUCCAAGGCGACUGUCUAUCAUUUGCCACUGACAAGGUUCAGUUUGACUCUGAUUGGUUGCGAAAGAAGCUGGACCAUUCCUUUCUGUUCUGGAGGGGUGUCCGAGAGGCUGAAGGCGUUGAUAUUGAAGACGCUUGGAAAUGCCAAAAUUGUGAUUUUGUGGAUAUUUGCGAGUGGCGAAAGAAAAAACAGCAAGAAUGCAUGGAAAAGAACCAAAUUUCAAUAAAUAAAUUAUAAAUAAUAUUUUACAACUUUAACUACAGCCAGCCAUUCUAUGAUCCUAAAGUUCUUGAUCUAGUAGUCACUGCACAUGCGUUCAUGUACUGUUGUAGAGAAAAGUAUAAAUGUACUCCUGAUACCCACAAAAUUUAUCUGUCGCACAAUACUACACUCUAGUAAUCAAUUUGCAGCUGUUAUUUCAUUGGUGAAUAAGUAGCUAGUACUAGUACUUAUUGUCAGAGGGGUAAUGGAGUGUUG